GGCUCCUCCGCUGCCUGCGCCAAGUCUCCGCGCUGAACUGUGCGGGAGCUGAUUGACGGAUUGUGUGGCGAGCGGCCAGCCAGGACCUGGAAGCCGCGGUCCUCAGCAGACGUACAUCUCACUCUUGUCUCCUCCGGUCUGCUCUGCAGAGCUCGGCUCUGCGGCCUCAGUUUCCCCUUCUAGUGCAGAGGGGUGUAGUGGAUUAAAGCGCCCAGCGAGGUUCAGUUGCUGCCCCUCUGGACACCUCAGCUCGAGGCCUCUCCGUGAGGGGCGGGGGCACCGUCCCCCACCGGGGCAGAGGCCAGAGGCCACUGCCAAGCAUGGCGCCCACCUGGAGUCCCAGCGUGGCGUCUGUGGUGGGUCCCGUGGGGCUCUUCCUCAUACUGCUGACCAGAGGAUGCACCGCUGAAGAGCCACCCAGGUUUAUCAAAGAGCCCAAGGACCAGAUCGGUGUGUCGGGAGGUGUGGCCUCCUUCGUGUGCCAGGCCACAGGCGACCCUAAGCCACGGGUGACUUGGAACAAGAAGGGCAAGAAAGUGAACUCACAGCGCUUUGAGACCAUCGACUUUGACGAGAGCUCUGGGGCAGUGCUGAGGAUCCAGCCGCUGCGGACACCCCGAGAUGAGAACGUGUACGAGUGUGUGGCCCAGAACUCGGUGGGGGAAAUCACAGUUCACGCGAAGCUGACUGUUCUCCGAGAGGACCAGCUGCCCCCUGGCUUCCCCAACAUUGACAUGGGUCCCCAGCUGAAAGUUGUGGAGCGCACGCGCACAGCCACCAUGCUCUGUGCCGCCAGCGGGAACCCUGACCCCGAGAUCACCUGGUUCAAGGACUUCCUGCCCGUGGACCCCAGUGCCAGCAAUGGGCGCAUCAAGCAGCUUCGAUCAGGUGCCCUGCAGAUCGAGAGCAGCGAGGAGACCGACCAGGGCAAGUACGAGUGCGUGGCCACCAACAGCGCCGGCGUUCGCUACUCAUCACCCGCCAACCUCUACGUGCGAGUCCGCCGUGUGGCCCCCCGCUUCUCCAUCCUGCCCAUGAGCCACGAGAUUAUGCCCGGUGGGAACGUGAAUAUCACUUGUGUGGCCGUGGGCUCACCCAUGCCCUACGUGAAGUGGAUGCAGGGGGCCGAAGACCUGACGCCCGAGGAUGACAUGCCCGUGGGUCGGAAUGUUCUAGAACUCACUGAUGUCAAGGACUCAGCCAACUACACGUGUGUGGCCAUGUCCAGCCUUGGUGUGAUUGAGGCUGUGGCUCAGAUCACUGUGAAGUCUCUCCCCAAAGCCCCUGGGACUCCUGUGGUGACGGAGAACACCGCCACCAGUAUCACCGUCACAUGGGACUCAGGCAACCCCGAUCCAGUGUCCUACUACGUGAUUGAGUAUAAGUCCAAAAGCCAGGAUGGGCCGUAUCAGAUCAAAGAGGACAUCACCACCACACGCUAUAGCAUCGGGGGCCUGAGCCCCAAUUCCGAGUAUGAGAUCUGGGUGUCAGCUGUUAACUCCAUCGGCCAGGGUCCCCCCAGCGAGUCAGUGGUGACCCGCACAGGCGAGCAGGCACCGGCCAGUGCGCCCAGGAAUGUGCAGGCACGCAUGCUCAGCGCGACCACCAUGAUAGUGCAGUGGGAGGAGCCGGUGGAGCCCAAUGGCCUGAUCCGCGGCUACCGCGUCUACUACACCAUGGAACCCGAACACCCAGUGGGCAACUGGCAAAAGCACAAUGUGGAUGACAGCCUGCUGACCACCGUGGGCAGCCUGCUGGAGGACGAGACCUACACCGUGCGCGUGCUGGCCUUCACCUCGGUGGGCGACGGGCCGCUGUCAGACCCCAUCCAGGUCAAGACGCAGCAGGGAGUGCCUGGCCAGCCCAUGAACCUACGGGCAGAGGCCAAGUCUGAGACUAGCAUUGGGCUCUCGUGGAGCGCGCCGAGGCAGGAGAGUGUCAUUAAGUAUGAACUGCUCUUCCGUGAGGGCGACCGAGGCCGAGAGGUGGGGCGCACCUUCGACCCAACCACGGCGUUUGUGGUGGAGGACCUCAAGCCCAACACGGAGUAUGCUUUCCGGCUGGCGGCGCGCUCGCCGCAGGGCCUGGGCGCCUUCACCGCGGUCGUGCGCCAGCGCACGCUGCAGGCCAAACCGUCAGCCCCCCCUCAAGACGUUAAGUGCACCAGCUUGCGCUCCACGGCCAUAUUGGUAAGUUGGCGCCCGCCACCGCCAGAAACUCACAACGGGGCCCUGGUGGGCUACAGCGUCCGCUACCGACCGCUGGGCUCAGAGGACCCGGACCCCAAGGAGGUGAACAACAUACCCCCGACCACCACUCAGAUCCUUCUGGAAGCUUUGGAGAAAUGGACGGAGUACCGUGUCACCGCAGUGGCUUACACAGAGGUGGGACCAGGGCCCGAGAGCUCGCCCGUGGUCGUCCGCACCGACGAAGACGUGCCCAGCGCGCCCCCGCGGAAGGUGGAGGCGGAGGCGCUCAACGCCACGGCCAUCCGAGUGCUGUGGCGCUCGCCCACGCCCGGCCGGCAGCACGGGCAGAUCCGCGGCUACCAGGUCCACUAUGUGCGCAUGGAAGGCGCUGAGGCCCGCGGGCCACCGCGCAUCAAGGACAUCAUGCUGGCAGAUGCCCAGGAAAUGGUGAUCACGAACCUACAGCCUGAGACUGCUUACUCUAUCACAGUAGCCGCGUACACCAUGAAAGGUGAUGGCGCUCGCAGCAAGCCGAAGGUGGUGGUGACCAAGGGAGCAGUGCUGGGCCGCCCCACCCUGUCGGUGCAGCAGACCCCCGAGGGCAGCCUGCUGGCGCGCUGGGAGCCCCCCGCGGAUGUGGCUGAGGACCCUGUGCUCGGCUACCGCCUGCAGUUCGGGCGUGAAGACGCGGCACCAGCCACGCUGGAACUAGCGGCGUGGGAGCGGCGGUUCGCAGCGCCUGCACACAAGGGCGCCACCUACGUGUUUCGGCUGGCGGCGCGCGGACGCGCGGGGCUGGGAGAGGAGGCAGCGGCGGCGCUGAGCAUCCCCGAGGACGCCCCGCGCGGCUUCCCGCAGAUCCUGGGUGCCGCGGGCAACGCGUCCGCGGGCUCUGUGCUGCUGCGCUGGCUGCCGCCCGUGCCCGCCGAGCGCAACGGCGCCAUCGUCAAGUACACGGUGUCCGUCCGGGAGGCUGGCGCCCCGGGGCCCGCGACCGAGACGGAGUUGACGGCGGCGGCCGAGCCGGGGGCGGAGACGGCGCUCACGUUGCAGGGGCUGCGGCCGGAGACGGCCUACGAGCUGCGCGUGCGAGCGCACACGCGCCGGGGUCCGGGCCCCUUCUCACCCCCGCUGCGCUACAGUCUCGCGCGGGACCCAGUCUCCCCCAAGAACUUCAAGGUGAAAAUGAUCAUGAAGACGUCAGUGCUGCUGAGCUGGGAGUUCCCCGACAACUACAACUCACCCACGCCCUAUAAGAUUCAGUACAACGGGCUCACACUGGACGUGGAUGGCCGCACCACCAAGAAGCUGAUCACUCACCUCAAGCCACACACCUUCUAUAACUUCGUGCUCACCAACCGUGGCAGCAGCUUGGGUGGCCUGCAGCAAACCGUCACCGCCAGGACCGCCUUCAACAUGCUCAGUGGCAAACCUAGUGUCGCCCCGAAGCCCGACAAUGACGGCUUCAUUGUGGUCUACCUGCCUGACGGCCAGAGCCCUGUGACCGUGCAGAACUACUUCAUUGUGAUGGUCCCGUUGCGCAAGACUCGUGGCGGCCAGUUCCCGAUCCUGAUGGGUAGUCCUGAGGACAUGGAUUUGGAAGAGCUCAUCCAGGACAUCUCCCGGCUGCAGAGGCGCAGCCUGCGCCACUCACGCCAGCUGGAAGUGCCCCGGCCCUACAUUGCCGCCCGUUUCUCCAUCCUGCCAGCUGUCUUCCAUCCAGGGAACCAGAAGCAAUAUGGCGGUUUUGACAACCGCGGCUUGGAGCCAGGCCACCGCUAUGUCCUCUUUGUGCUUGCGGUGUUGCAGAAGAAUGAGCCUACGUUCGCAGCCAGUCCCUUCUCAGACCCGUUCCAGCUGGACAACCCCGACCCCCAGCCCAUCGUGGACGGUGAGGAGGGCCUCAUCUGGGUGAUCGGGCCCGUGCUGGCCGUUGUCUUCAUCAUCUGCAUCGUGAUCGCCAUCCUGCUGUACAAGAACAAACCUGACAGUAAACGCAAGGACUCUGAGCCCCGCACCAAAUGCCUGCUGAACAACGCUGACCUCACCCCGCAUCACCCCAAGGACCCUGUGGAAAUGCGGCGAAUCAACUUCCAGACACCAGGCAUGCUCAGCCACCCGCCCAUCCCCAUCGCAGACAUGGCUGAGCACAUGGAGAGACUUAAAGCCAACGACAGCCUGAAGCUCUCGCAGGAGUACGAGUCCAUCGACCCCGGGCAGCAGUUCACCUGGGAACAUUCAAACCUGGAGGCCAACAAGCCAAAGAACCGCUACGCCAACGUCAUCGCCUAUGACCACUCCCGCGUCAUCCUGCAGCCCCUUGAAGGCAUCAUGGGUAGUGAUUACAUCAACGCCAACUAUGUGGAUGGCUACCGUCGGCAGAACGCGUACAUCGCCACACAGGGGCCCCUGCCCGAGACCUUUGGGGACUUCUGGCGGAUGGUGUGGGAGCAGCGGUCGGCCACUGUGGUCAUGAUGACGCGGCUGGAGGAGAAGUCACGGAUCAAAUGUGACCAGUACUGGCCUAACCGAGGCACAGAGACAUACGGCUUCAUCCAGGUCACCCUGCUGGACACCAUGGAGCUGGCCACCUUCUGCGUCAGGACCUUUUCCCUACACAAGAAUGGCUCAAGUGAGAAGCGUGAGGUGCGCCAUUUCCAAUUCACAGCAUGGCCGGACCACGGGGUGCCCGAGUACCCCACUCCCUUCCUGGCAUUCCUGCGCAGAGUCAAGACCUGCAACCCACCUGACGCAGGCCCCAUUGUGGUCCACUGCAGUGCGGGCGUGGGCCGCACAGGCUGCUUCAUCGUCAUCGACGCCAUGCUGGAGCGCAUCAAGACUGAGAAGACGGUGGAUGUGUAUGGGCACGUGACACUCAUGCGGUCGCAGCGGAACUACAUGGUGCAGACUGAGGAUCAGUACAGCUUCAUCCACGAAGCUCUGCUGGAGGCCGUGGGCUGCGGCAACACCGAGGUCCCUGCGCGCAGUCUCUACACCUACAUCCAGAAGCUGGCCCAGGUGGAACCUGGCGAGCACGUCACGGGCAUGGAGCUGGAGUUCAAGAGGCUUGCCAGCUCCAAGGCACACACUUCGCGCUUUGUCACCGCCAGCCUGCCUUGCAACAAGUUUAAGAACCGCCUGGUGAACAUCCUGCCGUACGAGAGCUCCCGCGUGUGCCUGCAGCCCAUCCGCGGCGUUGAGGGCUCCGACUACAUCAAUGCCAGCUUCAUUGAUGGCUACAGGCAGCAGAAAGCCUACAUUGCGACGCAGGGGCCGCUGGCAGAGACCACGGAGGACUUCUGGCGCGCGCUGUGGGAGAACAACUCCACCAUUGUUGUAAUGCUCACCAAGCUCCGGGAGAUGGGCCGGGAGAAAUGCCACCAGUACUGGCCCGCCGAGCGCUCUGCCCGCUACCAGUACUUCGUGGUGGACCCAAUGGCAGAGUACAACAUGCCGCAGUAUAUUCUCCGCGAGUUCAAGGUCACGGAUGCCCGGGAUGGCCAGUCCCGGACCGUUCGACAGUUCCAGUUCACGGACUGGCCAGAGCAGGGCGCGCCCAAGUCAGGCGAAGGCUUCAUCGACUUCAUCGGCCAAGUGCAUAAGACCAAGGAGCAGUUUGGCCAGGACGGGCCCAUCUCGGUGCACUGCAGCGCUGGAGUGGGCAGGACAGGCGUGUUCAUCACCCUGAGUAUCGUGCUGGAGCGGAUGCGGUAUGAGGGUGUGGUGGACAUUUUCCAGACAGUGAAGGUGCUUCGGACCCAGAGGCCCGCCAUGGUGCAGACGGAGGACGAGUACCAGUUCUGCUUCCAGGCGGCGCUGGAAUACCUGGGCAGCUUUGACCAUUAUGCAACAUAAGCCAUGGGCCCUGCCCGACGCCAGACCCUGCGCAAUGUGCCCAGAAGUGACCCAGGCCCCGCAGGGCACGAGGAGGCCCGGUGUAGGGGGGCCCAGCCGCUGCCUUCCGAACUCGAACUCGGCACAAACGAGGUUCCAGGGCGGGGGGGGGGGUGGGGGAGAGAGCGAAGAGGGCGCGGCUGCUGCUUCCCACUGCAGGCAGGCCGAGCUCUGCCCCGUGCCCCCUGCCUGCCUGGCGGGGAUUUUUCUUUCUUCUUCUUUUUUUUAAUAGUGUAUAUUUUUUUCCUCAUUUUUUUUUUAAAAGAAGAAACAAAAUCGUGCUGGUCAAAACUUUGAAAAACAAACAAGAUCGCCAUGUGUGCCUCCAUGGGAGGCCUAUUUUUUCAGUCAGCUUGUUGUGUGGCAGUUACCUGCGAGCGUGGAACUGAGCCCGCGACGUGUCCCUCGUCCCCGUGUGAGUGGCACACUCUUAGUUCUUGUUUUCCCUCUUUAUUUUUUUUAAAUCAAUCUUCAGACAUAUCAAAUAUGGAGGAUGAAGCUGGGGGCACUCGGGCCACCGAGGACACUGGUCUAGCCCCUGCCGCCAGAAGCAUCCUCGUCUACUUGUGGGCUCCGUGCCCUGCAUGGAGGACCUGGUCCCCAGGACUGCAGGACGCUUGGGGGCAUUCGACCCCCUGGAGCAACUGCAGAGCGGGGUCAGCUCUGUCCACUCCGGUUUUUUGGGCAGAAGCAGUGGGCGCCGCCCCUGUAUGUAGAUAAACCGACUUUGUAUUAAAGGAAGAUUCGUCCGACCUCA